AUGAGGACUACCAUUUCGCUAAUAUUCCUCACAUUUUUGGCGCUCGUCACCGCCGAGACUCAUACUUGGCACUACACUUGUAACUGGGUCGACGGAGUUAACCCAGAUGGUGUUCAAGAAAGACGUAUGAUUGGAUUCAACGGUACUUGGCCAUUACCUACAUUGAGAGUUAAAAAGGGAGAUAGAGUUAAUCUCUACUUGACUAAUGGAUUUGAUGACAGAAACACUUCAUUGCACUUCCACGGUAUGUUUCAAAAAGGUUCCAGUCAAAUGGAUGGACCAGAAAUGGUUACUCAAUGUCCUAUCCCACCUGGUGAAACCAUGUUGUACAAUUUUACUGUUGAUGAUCAAGUUGGUUCUUAUUGGUACCACUCGCAUACUUCUGGUCAAUAUGGUGAUGGUAUGAGAGGUGUAUUUAUUAUUGAUGAGCCAAGUGAGGACGAUUACCCAUAUGACUACGAUGAAGAAGUUGUCUUGACUUUGAAUGAACAUUACCAUGAAGAAUCCGACGAUUUAAUGCCAAAAUUCUUGAGUAGAUUCAACCCAACUGGUGCUGAAUUGAUUCCACAAAAUAUCUUGUUUAACGAAACUAGAAAUGCUACUUGGAAAGUUGAACCAAACAAGACUUACUUGUUGAGAAUUAUCAACAUGGGUAGAUUCUUGUCCCAUUACGUUUGGAUGGAAGAUCACGACAUGACCAUUGUUGAGGUUGACGGUAUUUACGUUGAGAAAAACACCACCGAUUUGAUUUAUAUCACUGUUGCUCAGAGAUACACUGUGUUGGUCACCACCAAGAACUCAACGGAUAAGAACUAUGCAUUCAUGCACAGACUUGAUCCUGAUAUGUUGGAUACCCAACCAGCUGAUUUGCAGUUGAAUGGUACAAACACUAUUAUGUAUAAUGAAGAUCUUGGUGAGGCUGAAUCAUAUGACUUGACUCAAGAUGAAAUUGAUUCUUAUUUUGAUGAUUUCUACCUUGUGCCAUUGUCCAAAGAAAAGCUUUAUGAUGACGCUGAUUACACUGUUACUGUUCAGGUGCAAAUGGAUAACUUGGGUGAUGGUAUCAACUAUGCUUUCUUUAACAACAUUACCUACACCAAACCAAGAGUGCCAACCUUGCUCACUGUGUUGUCAGCUGGUGAUGAUGCUUCUAAUGAAUUGGUUUACGGAUCAAACACAAACUCGUUUGUGUUGCAAAAGGAUGAUGUAGUUGACAUUGUGGUCAACAACUUGGAUACUGGUAAACAUCCAUUCCAUUUGCAUGGACACGUGUUCCAAUUGAUUGAAAGACACGAAGCUAUCGAAGACGGUGAAGGUGAUCCAGUUGCUUACAAUUCAAGUGACCAUGCUGACUGGCCAGAAUAUCCAAUGAUGAGAGACACUGUUUACUUGAGACCACAAUCAUACAUGGUUUUACGUUUCAAGGCUGACAACCCCGGUGUUUGGUUCUUCCAUUGCCAUAUUGAAUGGCAUUUGGACCAAGGUUUGGCCAUUCAAUUUAUUGAAGAUCCAUCAGGAAUCCAAAACAAUGAAACCCAGCAAAUUACCGACAACCACAAGGAAAUUUGUGAAAAAGUUGGCGUGCCAUGGAAAGGUAAUGCUGCUGGUAAUGAUGUUCACUUGUUGGAUUUGACUGGUGAGAAUGUUCAGUACAAGAGAUUGCCUACUGGAUUCACCGCCAGAGGUAUUGUUGCUUUGGUAUUUUCAUGUGUUGCUGGUUUUGCUGGAUUGGCUGCUAUUGCCGUUUACGGUAUGCAAGAUAUCCCAGAUGUUGAAGAAAGAGUUGCCAGAGACUUGGAUGUUGACUUGGACGAAGCCGAUGACAGUGGUGCUGAAAUUGUUAGACAAACUUCUUCAACUGAAGGAUCAUCUACUCAUAAACAUUUAGGAUAA